AACGUUUAUUUAGAGCUCUAUAUCAACAACCAACUUACGAAACUUAGAAUGACAAUUACAAGACUUGUGACAUUAUCCAAUAUGUUUUUAUUAUAGAAAAUUUAACUUCUGUACUAUAACACGAUAAAGAAAACGAAGGUUGUGGGUUCAUAAUGCAUUUGGAAAACUUUGUAUUUGAAGUUUUCACCCCAAAAGAAAUUUGUGGGAAGAAGGGUCAGAAGAGAGUGAUCCAAUGCGACCCAUUCAAGAUUCCCCAAUCCAAUUUUUGCGUUGUCAAUUCCUACAUAUAUACAUGCUCCUUCCCAAAUAAUCCAUCAAAAGCUAUAGCCUUCCAUUCUCCCUCUCCAUCUCUCUCGUUAUUUCGCAACUUACCGCUGCAAUGGCAAUGGAGGUUAAGGUGUAUUGCAGAAAGAAUAAGACGGAGAAAACCCGACAAAUUGAUCACAUACCCAAGUGUUUUCAGCUUCCGAGAAGUGCUUCUACAUCCAAACCUCGCACUGAAUUCUUUCUUCCCAUCUGUUCCUCCAAAGAUAUAGAGCUUCGAGAGAUGCAGACAAGUGACACUAUGGGGAGAAAUUAUGAAGAUAGAAAUGAUGCAUUGGAUUUGGAGCUGAAUCCUAAUAGAUCACAACCAACAGAAAUCAGUGAAGUAUCCAGAACUCCAGGAAGUGUUGUUUGGGCUAAAACACAUGAUCAAAUAGAAAGGGAUAACUCAUCGAGUUCAGGUAGAGCAAGAAGCAAGCGUGAAAGAAAACCAAAAGUCCAUUUUGAUGAGGUCAGUUGCCCGUUAUAUACUUCAAGAAAAGUUAGAAGGUUUAAAAUAAUGCGAUCUCUUGGACUUGCUGCACCUGUUGGAUCACCUUUUAGCUCUUCAUGAAUGAAUCCAAUUAUUAAAAUUUACAAUUGAUAAUUUUAUAAUACAAUUGUUUAGUUUAUUGUUAAGUUGAAAAUAGGAAUAAGUUUUUAUGAACACGAGUAUAGAAACUAUGGAGUAUGUAUAGUUGCUGCAUUUUUACUCCACAUUGAGUUAAAUUAUAAGAAUCGAUACUGAAUAUCUGCAAGAUAGGUUGAAAUUGUUUAUAAUCUUUGAGGAAUCAGAAUUUGGUGUUUCCUCAAUUUGUUUAGAG